AUGCCUCUUCCCUGCACUCUCAAGGAGCGACUGCUCCGAGCGAGUCUGGCACUUCUUUGCUUUGUAGGUAUGGUGGCAAUUUGGUCUUCAGCUCUAUCGCACGAAACAACCCCUUUGCAGAGUUCCACGCUGGCAUUUCUCUUUUUGAUGUUGUGCGGAUUCUGCUUGCAAGCGGUGAACCCUGUCACAGACAAAACGGCACAUAGCUCGGCACAAGCUUUGGUGCAGACACGGCAGCGUUUGGGUCGACCCGAAGAGCCUUUUACUUCCUCAGUCCCAGAAGAACCUGGAGCGAAAUUUAUGAAGAGCACAGUGGCAAGCCGAAUGAGGAGUCAGGCUGCCCAGGCUGCCCAGCCUGCCCAGGGCUUGAAAACUGGUCCGGCUGCGUGUGGGGAGCGGUUUCAGCCAGAGAAGGAAUCCACAAAGCUGAAGCAGGAUACACCUAGACGGAAUGAAGUCGAUGGAAAGGACCAGAGGGAACGACCGCAAGGUGACUCACACAAAAACGACAAAAUGUGUCAUAAGACUCAUAAGACUGAAAGGCAGGGAAUUCACAGCAACACGAACUGUGCUUUCGGAAGGCCAAGAGUCUCCAGGAGACUGCUGGAAUGCUUCAGAGCAUGUGGUAGACUGCUUCGUCGAGUGCAUCCUCGCAUAUCGAAUUUCUGGAAGUUGAGCAUUUGCAGUAACAAUUUCUAUAAAGGGAUUGUUUCACACUGUGGCAACCAGACCUUGAAAGCUGGCGUGGAGGUGCAAGAUUUGCCAGGUGUGAGCGGAGGACUCGGUGAUGCCCGGAGAGACCAAGAAUCCUGGCGCGAUUUGCAACCGACAAACAUGACAAACACCGUGAAACCAUUACCGACAAACAUGAAUCCAAAGCAAAGAAUGGCAGGAUCCAUGCGGCAGCCCGACAAGAACACCUCCCACGAAAAACUUGCUUUGAAACAACACCACGGCAGCAUCAGUUCUCACGUGCCGGAACAAGAUUGCCAAGAAAGAGGAUAUACUCGGUGUUUCCUUCCAGACCAUCACACAAAAUUCUCUAUUCGUCAUGUCUUUGAGUCUAAUACGCUAGUGCCUGCCUCAUUUGACAAGAUGGAAAAUGGAAGCUCGAACCUCCACGAUGAAACCGCAGUGCCAAAAAAGCCUUGGAGAUCAUCGCGAAGAGGACAUUCACCGCGCCAGGAGUGCAUGGUCCAAAAGGAGAACAUUUGUCCUGCUGGAACGGCCAGAGUCGACAAGGAGACCAAGAAAUUGCAGCAGUUGAACUAUCUACGGCGACUUCCUUGUGCCAAACACCAAGUGCUGCAAGCACCGAACAGCGCGCUGCCAGUCUCCAGCGCCUCGACCAAGCACAGUACGCAUGGCAUGGCGAAGCACGGUGAUAUCUUCAUUGAUCCCGAAUUUCAGGACUCCCCUUCCCAGGCUUUCUUGGAGUUAGUCGCAAUGUGUGAGAGAUCCGAGACAGGUCACGUGCAGGCAAUGGCAGCUUUGAGGAGGUUACAAGGAUCAAUGCCCCGUCAUCGAUUCAAAUGAUGGUGACGGAGUUUGCUGCAUAAAGUUGGUUUAGGUCAGUUUUUUGGAGCUCUGGUCUGCUUCGAACCAUUGAAGCUCAUGGUCAGAGUGGAAAUUAGAGGGAUUCUGCAGAUAGCAUUCUUAGCAUUAAACCACCUGCAUGCGGAAGAUUCACAUCGCUGUCACGAAGCG